AUGCUGAGACAAGAUGCUAGAAAUCCUUGUGGCCACCCUCAUCCUGAAAGUGAAACUAAAAACAACAGCCUGCCCGAGGAGAAGCUGGGUGGUUUUGAAGGUAAGACUCAAAGUGCAAUCAACCCCCUUGAUCUGAUAACAUCCGUCUUCAUAGCAGCCAACCCAUUUCUUCAGCAAGAGAUGUUUGUGCACAUGUCACAAUGUAAGUUUGCUGUACCUCUGGUCCUUCCUAGGAUUCAUCCAGAAGAACCCAGUCAAUUCCUUCUUUGGCCUUCAAGAAGCGUUGUGGGUCAGUGGAGAUCUCACUCUCUGGAAACAAACCUGAGACUCUCCAAUGGUUUAAUAGCAAUUGGAUGGUACCUACCCAACGGAGAGGUCAGAGAUAUUUACCCUGUCCCUUUGGCUCUGUCUAAUCUACGUGGUGAUGUUAGUGCACAUGAAAAACACCUUAAGCUUCUAUGUCAAAUAUCCUCAGCUGAAGUGAAGACAGCACAGUGGGAUCUGUUGCUCAGAAAAGCUAACAAUUACUGGAGGUAUGUAUUGGUGAGGUUCAAUGAGAGAUUUGCAGACAAAGUCAAGCAGAAGCCUGCAAGGAUUCCUGAGGAGUGGCGGAUGAUCACUCAGGAGGAGGUCAUAAUGAGUUUGAACAAGGUCUUCCCCAACAAAGAUGGCUGCUAA